AUGGAGCAGUUGGAGGAGCAGCUUGAUGCGCUUUGGGAUGAGAGCCGGACAAAGAGGCGGGCGAAGGUGGAUGAGCUUAACGCUGCGCUCGUUCAACGCGUACGUGAUGGUGUCGAUGCGACGUUGCAGAAGGUGCAGUCAGCCCUGGCGGGUGAACAGGCGGAAAUGGAGAGAGAAAUUGACCGACUGCUUCGCAUGAUAGACGAGCUGGCCGCAGGCGUUGAAAUGUGGAAGCAAAAGGCCCUGAGCUCCAUGGAUUUUAUCGAUAAGGAGCAAAAGGCUCUUGGGAGCAUGGUGCAACAGUUAUCUAUCCGAACUGCAGCCCGAAAGGAGGAAAUGAUGAAGCGACAGAGGCAACGUUUAGAGGAGCUUCGUUCCGCGUGCAUGGAGCGGUUUAAGGAGGUAGAGUUGAGGUUUUGA